CGCAGGAUCUUUGCAACCUUGGUUUCGCCAUGCAGUUAGAUUGAGCCAUGCUGACGGAUUAUUGUACACAAAUUUUAUUUCGAAACUCUCAACCCAAUCUAACUGUACUCAACUCUGGUGUCGUCCUCAGUCAUGCAGUCAAGCAAGGACCUCCGAGAUGGCGACAGCCAUGCAGCUCCAGGCACAGCUCCCAUCUGUCACCAGCGCCAGCGAUGUGGGACACAAUACCAGUGGCCUUGACUGCCUCCUUGUCGUCAUUCGACACAUCUACUCUCACAUGCCGUCAGAGUACCUCGACAAGGUCAACAACAUCUCCAACCGCGAGGGUCAAGCCAAAAACCCGAUCCUCAAACUCGGAUGGCUGGACAUCGAUGAGACUCAUCCUGAAGUACACAAGGAAUGGGUCCAAGCCAAGAAAGAUGCUAUUCAUGCCUUCAAGGGUGAUGUGUCCCACUCAGCCCGGUUCGAUGAGCUUGCCGCCUCCAAAGUUAUGACAGACACAAUCUGGUCCACCCCCGAGUUUCGUAUUGUCAUCCAUGGACACGCUGCGAUAUCCGAGAAACUUCUUUUGACUGUCAAUCGACGACAGACACCUGGUAUUUCAUUCCAAGAGCACAUCGAUCUGAACUUCCAGUCUUUCGCACCAAGAAUCUCAGUCAAUGUUCGUUCUCUCCCGGCUCUUGUUGAUACUCCGGCAGUCGUAUUCAACAUUCCAUCCGAACCACCAGCCUCGCGACGCACUCAGGUGGCUCUGCGAUCUGAUACUCCACCGGUCGGGUUUAGCAUUCCAUCCGAACCACCAGCCGCGCGACGCACCGAGAUGACCGCGCGACCGGCUGUGAUCCGUGUCAUCUACUCCACUCAGAAGGAUCAGACACCCUUCGCCUUCUCGACAUUGAAGGAAAUGGCUGUCCCCGUACAUGAAGCUUAUUCCUCAAGCGGCCUCUGUCUGUACAAACUCUUCGCUGCCGUCAACAUGGCAACUGACCAGGUUAAGACGUACGACUACCUGGGUGAGUGCCGCAUGUCGUGGCCCAAGUCUGAGGGUAAACAGUGGAGUCUGAAGGACAAGGUUGACGGCCAGUUCAUGCUGCUGUACGCCUGCAGUUAUAAGUAG